AUCAUCUUCAAAUCCCCAUCACAGGCAAUCAUCAUUCACCUAGCGUACAUGGUCAGAUACAGGUAGAAGUGAAUAUCUGUGGUUAAUUACAUGCAACAGCAACGAGGUGACGGUAUAAACAGCCGAAUGGUGAACCUGAUUGCUCUCAGCCAUGUCAAUGUGGAGAGAGAUCCGCAGGCCAUUGCUUAGCUGAAUACCACACAAAGCUGCAGGUAGACUUGUAGCCAUUGUAGUGAAGCUUACAAUACAGGACUUAUAACAGGUGUGUGUGUGUGUCCGUCGAGGUGGAAGAGAUUACCACCAAGCCGUCUGGUCAGUCAAUGCUGAGGGACUGUCAAGUAUUUGGAGCCAGGGUUGUGUCGUGGGUGUACAGAAGAUCACUGUUAUGAAACUGGUGUUCAGCCUAUAGCUGUGUACAGCCGACCAGCCAUGUGACUCGACAGACGGAGCAGCCCACGCUUACCACUACCCAGUUGUGUUUACAUUUCAUGAUAGUGGGUAUUACCUGAACAGAUUUAUCCUGAGCUAUGUUGUAGCUGCAGAAAUACACACUUGCUGAUUUAUAUUGUCUUCCAUGGAAUAAAUUCCCCAUCUGCAGAUUUGGCUGUACGAUGGUACAGUGAGUUGUUCAUCCCGGAUUCAUUUGUGAGUGAGUUUUUCUGUGUGGUGUUGUAAUGGAGAGUCAAACUGUGACCCUCCCAAAGACCAAACCCUCAGCUUCCUCACAUGCGGUGUCCAGGCAUCACCUGUGUGUGAUGGACACACGGACAGGGGAUGCUACAGACGAUGACCUCAGCGACUGGGAUGCACCUGUUGAGGUUGAUCUAGCUGCACCACCCACACCACGCACAAAUGAUCAGCAAAGUUCAUGGAAGAUAAUCCGCAGUAUCGUGAGAUGGUCGCCCUUUGUUCAAGUGUUCAAGAAAAACAAGUAUCCUUGGAUUCAGCUGGCUGGCCACCAAGGAAACUUCCAGGCAGGUGAAGCUGGUGCCGUGUUGAAAAAGCUGGACAGUCGUGAGAAACAGUGCUACCUCAAGCUGAUGUCGGACUCACUCAAACCAUUCGUGCCCGAAUACCGGGGUGAUACAGAGAAAGCUGGCGACAAAUAUAUCCAGCUGCAGGAUCUGCUGUGUGAGUUCAACACACCUUGUGUGAUGGACAUCAAGAUGGGUUGUCGGACCUACCUGGAGGAGGAGCUCGAGAAGGCUCGCAGCAAGCCCACUCUGAGAAAGGAUAUGUACAAGAAAAUGACGGAGGUGGACCCCAACACCCCCACACCUGAGGAACGAGAGAAGGAAGGAGUGACAAAGGCAAGGUAUCUACAGUGGAGGGAUGAGAUGAGCUCUUCUGUCACUCUCGGCUUCAGAAUUGAGGGCAUUAAGAGAAGUGACGGCUCAUCAAGCAAGGACUUCAAGAAAACUAAAACACGAGAGCAUGUCCUGGAAAAACUGAAGUCCUUUUGUCGGGGAAAACAAAAACAUUGUGAAUAUUUUGAAGAAGUAGGUUUGAGUCCUGACUUGAAUGCUUCUAAGGGCGGUGUGGAACAGUACAUUGAGAGGUUAAAGGCUGUAUGUGAUGCGCAGGAAGCCUCAGAAUUCUUCAACAGACAUGAGGUGAUCAGCAGUUCAUUGUUGUUCGUCCAUGAUGCUGAGAAGGCCAAUAUAUGGAUGAUUGACUUCGGUAAGACGGAGCCCCUCCCAACGAUGGUGCAUGUAGAUCAUCGUACAGAGUGGCAGGAAGGGAACCAUGAGGACGGCUACCUUGCCGGCAUUGACAGACUCAUCUCCAUCUUUGUUGACCUUUUGACCCAGACAUGACCUUACGACCUUGGAAAUGGUCAUGUGACAAACUCUAAAUGAAAUGCUGUCGACGUCAGAAGCAGUAUUUGUGUACGCAAUAGUGUUCAUUGGAUGCCAAGACUGUCUUGGGUGAAAUGCAAAGGGUUGUGUGAAUUUGGUCUAAGUGAGUCUGUGAUGAAGUACGGAAGAGGUAUUUUCGUCAUAUUCACCUGAACAAAAUGGACACUCAGUGGAAGCCGAUCUGAUUUUAUUGACAAAGAUAUCUGGAAUCUCUUCUCAAGCUCACUCCUGAACAUGUAACAUAAUAACAGUUUGAAAAUGAAACAGCAUUUGGAAUCUCU